CGCAAAUCAGUCAUUCAAAGUACUCGAGUAUUUUGUACAACUGUGGACGGUGAAUCGGCACUUUUUCUUUUGCAUUGAUUUUUUAAAUCUUCUCAAAUCAUGGCUUGUAUACAAUGGGCACAGCCCGAACAAGACAGUCAAUCGCAUCGGACGUGGAGUAAUGUAGUCGAAAACCCAACAAAACAGCAUUGUAGUGACAAUAAAGUUGUGUUCAAUAACUUCAAUUCGCGAGCCGCCGAAGAAUUCAUUCCUUUAGAAACGGGUGGAAACGCAGCUGAUGUAUUAAACCAAAGUACUGGGAAAGAUAACAAACUGCUUAAAAGAAAGCUAUCAAAUUCACAACAGAAUAACAACAGUCAUGUCUCAUCUACAGAGUCCGCAUACUGCACGCCUUGGAAGUCUAAAAAUUACGUUCAAGAUCCAACCGGUUUAAACGAAGAGAUACACGAUUUUCUAAAUUACAUAAAACCACGGCCAGAAGAGGACGCAAUUAGGCGAGAUGUAGUCGAAAGAGUCAAAGCAGUUAUAAAACAGCUAUGGUCACAAGCGAAGGUGGAACUCUUCGGAAGUUGCCAGACAGGGCUUUAUUUACCAACGAGUGAUAUUGAUCUCGUUGUUCAUGGUAAAUGGGAAAGCCUACCAUUACGUACCCUUGAAAAUGAGCUUAUUGCAGAGGAGAUUGCAGAUCCAAAUUCUAUCCGUGUAUUGGACAAGGCUGCUGUUCCAAUUAUCAAAGUUACAGACAAAAAAACGCAAGUUAAAAUCGACAUCAGUUUCAACAUGGACACCGGAGUUCAGAGUGCUGAAAUGAUUAAGAGUUACAUGGAUAAAUAUCCUGCGUUGCCUUAUCUAACGUUUGUCCUGAAGCAGUUUCUGGUGAACCGAGAUCUUAAUGAGGUUUUCAGUGGUGGCAUUAGUUCAUAUACGGUUGUGUUGAUGAUUGUCAGUUUCUUUCAGCAUUCAGGACAUUUUCGAAGCACCAACAAGGACGUGAACCUGGGUGUCCUCCUCAUCGAAUUUUUUGAACUCUAUGGCAAGAAAUUUAACUACAAUAAUGUUGGCAUACGAGUAGUUGGGAAUGGAUCGUAUUUCAACAAGGAAUUGGUGUUGGGAAAAUCGCUUGCAAACACAACUCAUUUGUGCAUUGAGGAUCCCUUAACAAAAGGAAACUACAUUGGUAAAGGAUCUUUUCGUAUCAACGAAGUUAUGAGGGCAUUUGAAUGGGCCUCAAGCAUACUGACCCAUGGCGUUCUACACAGUAUGUCAGGAUAUGAAUCCUGUAGUAUCUUAGGCCGGAUAACACGGGUUAGAAGAGAAGCGGUGGAACAGCGAGAGAGAAUGCUUCAUCUCUCCCCGUGCAUUUCUCCAAACAUACCAAGUUACGCGAGCGUCGCCACACGAAACACGACGCGAACCACGACGAUACGAUCGAUACAGCACGACGCGAAAACGACGGACUCGCCGUCGAAGUCCGACGGCGCGUGUGGAAAUUCUCAGUUCCUAAAAGCACGGCAAAACGCCACGCGAGAUGGCGACGAACAUAGAAACGGUGCAACGGCGAAUCGCCGGAUUCACAGAAACUUUAGGAGUAUUGUGAGCCGCGUGAGUGACUCGCAAAACGGCGAAUGGCGGAAAUCCAGGCCGACAAGGGAUUCAGAAAAUGACAGAGGGAAAGAACAGCACUUCUCCAGAGAGACGCCGCCUCGAAACAGAAAUAUGAACAGCUCGAGCUCUAUUGAGAAAGGACGGAUACUCCAGGCUGCAAAUUCUAAGCAAUCGUCCCCAAAACGAAGCGCUUCGACAGAAUCCUGUGGUAUGAGAAGUAGCAAGGGAGUCAAGUCGAUAAAGGAAAGUCAUCCACAACGUGAAAGGUUACUCUGCUAACACACAGUAAUCGUGUUCGUUACUUGAUCAAGGGGGAUAACUAGACAAAAAUUAUUUUUAGCCAAAACUUUUUAAACAAUUAUGCCACGUUCAUAUCGCACCAUUGCAAUUUUAUCCAAGUGAUCAAAGUGAAUGAUGACAGUGUUGGUACGUGACUCAAAAAGUGCCACGGAGGAUGGUUCGGGUUUAAUGGUGUGAUCGAGGACUCAUUCCUACAUAUAGGGUAAACUAGAAAGACGUGAAGGGUACGCAGUGGUAUGCAAAAAGUAAAUUCUUUAUGAAAAGGGGGAAGUAAAAAGAUGGUUCAAAUUAUGUAGAUAUCUUGGGCGGUUUGUAUGGAUUCAUUGGAUUCUCUUGUUGAGUUUUAUUUUUUAUUAGAAAGCCGCUUUCCACUUCAUUCGUGGUGAAGUUCAACACAUUUCUUUGUUUCUUGAUUGAGCAGACAAGGUAGUAGAAGGGGUGACUUUGAAACAAAGGAAUACUCAAGUGGAAACAAAGGAAUGCCCAACGGUUCUUUUCCGUAGGCUUGAAUUGGAAACCAGGCUUAGGCAUGCGUCGGUUUGUGUGUGAACUGCCUGAUAAAAGGGUUAUAUCGUUACAUUUCGGGAAUGCGGGCUAGGGAAGGGUGGUUGGAUUUGGGACAUCUUGAACAGUUCACAUGCAAAACGGAAAUGCAGCUUUGUAUAAAUGAUUAGUUUUGUCGUUCGAAAUCAACAAUAGAUAAAAAAUGGGAGUAUUUAUUUUUAAUGUAUCAUAGUAUAUAUACCUGUAAUAACAAUAU